CACGCGCCCUCUGUUGUUGCAAAUUAAAUAUUUCCUCGUGGUGAAGAAAAGGAACAGUGAAUUCGCCCGUAACACACCCUAAUCCUUCAAAAUGGUGUCACUUCAACCAGUUCAGAUUCUCAAGCAGAAUGCAGAGGAGGAGAAAGCCGAGAUGGCUCGUAUGUCGUCUUUCAUCGGUGCUAUCGCCAUUGGAGACCUGAUCAAGAGCACCCUGGGACCUAAAGGAAUGGACAAGAUCUUACAGAGCAACAGCCCCAAUGCACCGCUGAUUGUCACCAAUGAUGGAGCCACCAUUUUGAAAUCCAUCGGAAUAGAUAAUCCAGCUGCUAAGAUCCUUGUUGAUAUCAGUAAGGUGCAGGAUGAUGAAGUUGGAGAUGGAACCACCUCGGUCACAGUAUUCGCCUGCGAACUCCUCAAAGAAGCAGAGAAGUUGGUUGGUCAGAAGCUUCACCCUCACACAAUCAUCGCUGGCUGGAGGAAGGCUAUCGAUGUCGCUGUAGAAGCACUCACUAAUGCUUCUGAAGACCACAGUGACGAUGCUGAGAGAUUCAAGGCUGACUUGAUGAAGAUUGCCUACACCACACUGAGCUCAAAGAUCGUCUGCCAAGACCGAGAUAAGUUCUCUGCUCUCUGUGUUGAUGCAAUUUUAAGAUUGAAGGGAAAGUCUGAUCUCCAUGCCAUCCAGAUCAUCAAGAAGCUAGGUGGGAACAUGAAUGAUUCGUACCUGGACGAAGGCUUCCUAUUGGACAAGAAGGUUGGUGUGAACCAACCCAAGAGGAUAGAGAACGCUCGCAUCCUGGUCGCUAACACUCCCAUGGAUACAGAUAAGAUUAAGGUGUUUGGUUCCAGAGUGAGGGUAGAUUCAACGGCUAAGAUUGCUGAACUUGAGCUGGCUGAGAAGGAGAAGAUGAAGGAAAAGGUGGAUAAGAUCCUCAAACACGAUAUCAAUGUCUUCAUUAACAGGCAGCUGAUCUAUAACUACCCCGAGCAGUUGUUCGCUGACCAGGGAGUGAUGGCCAUCGAGCAUGCCGACUUUGAGGGCGUAGAGCGUCUAGCCUUGGUGACCGGUGGAGAGAUCGUCUCCACCUUUGACCGCCCCGACCUGGUCAAGCUGGGCCGCUGUAACCUCAUCGAGGAAAUCAUGAUUGGUGAGGACAAGCUGAUCAAGUUUUCGGGUGUGGCUCUGGGCGAGGCCUGCACCGUCGUCCUGAGGGGCGCUACCCAGCAGAUCCUGGAUGAGGUAGAACGCUCUCUACAUGACGCCCUCUGUGUCCUAUCACAGACAGUCAAGACUAGACGCACAGUACCAGGAGGAGGUGCCUCUGAGAUGCUGAUGGCCAAUGCUGUAUGUGAGCUAGCAGCCAGGACUCCAGGCAAGGAAGCCGUCGCUAUUGAGGCUUUCGCCAGGGCUCUUAGACAGCUCCCAACCAUCAUCGCUGAUAACGCUGGAUACGAUUCAGCUGAACUCGUCUCUCAGCUCAGAGCAGCUCACACUGCGGGAAACUACAAGAUGGGAUUGAAUAUGAUUGAGGGUACGAUAGGUAAUACCAUGGAGCUAGGAGUACUGGAGUCGUUCCAGGUGAAACGUCAGGUGGUCCUCAGUGCUUCGGAGGCUGCUGAGAUGAUCCUACGUGUUGAUAACAUCAUCAAGGCUGCACCCAGGCAACGAGGCGACCCAGGUCAUUGAGAGAUGCAGAUCUGAUGUACAUACUACCUACCGUAGGAGCUGACUUGUAACUUGUGAAUGUACGAUGCAACUAUAGCAGCGAUACCCUUUAGAGUAAUGAUAGAAUACCGUUUGACAAACGGAUUCUAUCUCCCCUUAUUUGAAUGUCAUGGGGCAUUUCCUCAAUCGUUAUUCCAACGACACUGUAUUACUUAUUUCCCAUGAAAAAAUGUUGCCAUGUUGGCUAAUUCUCCAAUUCUUACAGUGGAACAUUGUUACAUGUAAACCAUCUUCUUUAGACAAAGGAAGGUACCUUGAUAUACACAAUUUUGUUACAUGUACAGUUAACAUCUAAAUUAUUCAUACCCCUUGUAAAUUUGAUGUUUUGUGUGUUUUUCAUAUUUCAAGAAUGAAAGGCGGAUUGGUUGAAUGUAGGCCUUUGUUACAUACUUUUAGAUGUAAGCUUUGUUAUUUCACAUUCUCGAGAAAUAUAAAUUGGGGACAAAUCGAUUUUUUACCUAGGCCUACUUAAAAAAUUUAAAACCUUGGUAAGGGUAUGAAUAAUCUAGUUGUUACCUGUAUGCUGGGGCUUACAAACUGUGUAGUGGAAAGAUGUGGGCCCUGGAACGUAAACAAGUUACAAUCAGUCAUAUCUACUUCAAUAAGCAGUAAAUUAGGAUUGCUACCAUGUUACAGGUUGUACAAUGCAGUAAGAUUAGAGAAUAUUAUUUGUAUGAUUGAUUGUAUGGAAGUCAUUUUUUAUGUUACAGGGCUCUAGUUACAUCGAGAGUCUGUUAGGUUUUUUGUAAAGCAAUGUUCAACUGUGUGUAUUUAUGUUUUGAAGAAAAGUGGAGCAAUGCAUUGUUAUUGUGGUACGUUUCUCACAUUUCACCCGAAUUGGUGCAUACGACAAACAAGAAAACAAGCGUGAAUAUGAGACUGCCCUAGGUGUUCUGUAAUAGAUAGUGAUCGCAAUGAAAUGUCAAGGCUAUUCAUUCCGUGAAACUUAGCCUGAUUACCUGGUGUGAACUAUACAUGGAUUUCCCAGGCAUCGGUGGAAAUCGAUCAGAUUAAAAAUGCUCUAGCCUCUUCCAACUCAUUCUAAUGAACCCGGGGAAGGAUGUCAACAGCCAUUUAUCGUCUCUCAUAGUAGACAUAUUUAGAGCCAAUACUACCCUUGCGCAAAUUAGCCAUGUCGUCGCUGUUUUCACGAAGUGACGGUAGUGAAAAAAAAACUGCAUUCACUUUGCGUGACGAUUUUCCUCACUACCGUCACUUUGUGAAAACAAGGACGAUGUGGUUCAAAUAUCAUCAUAGCAUGUUAUAAUAACAUAAGGUUAAUCUUUUAGUUUUUGUAUUGGAAAUGCAAUUAAAGACUGGCCUAAAUUCAUUCUGAAUCUAAAUAAAAUCUCAAGAUGUUUUUACUCCAAUUGAAAGAAGUAAAAAAAAGAGAAGUUAAUAGGAAAUUCCCUGAAUAUAUUGCUUGAUGUAUGUGCAAGAAGUUAACUUAAAUACAGUUAUGUCAUGGUGUAGAGUUUUUUUGAGUGAGACAGUGUGAGAUUUUUUUUUCUUUCUUUUGUACUAUUUUAUAAGUGUGAGGCAAGGCAUGAAAACAUUAAAUGUGAAUGUGAUGAAGAAA